AGCUACUCGAACAGUUCUGUUUUGAGCGCAUCAUCAAUGGCAGCUGCAGCAGAAAUGAACAUGCUAUCAUUUUCAAAUACAAUUUGAUAUACAUUUCACGUUUCUAAGGUUCCUUUAGCGUGGGAACCAGUGUUGUUGCGCAAAUCAUCUCCAGAUCAUGCGGUAAUACAAGUCGCACGGAAUUGUCUUAAACUGCGCACGAAAAGACUGUUAAUCCACCCUCAGCGGCCUUUGACGCACUGAUCAAGCAGUGAGUCCCCGGUCACAGUUUGGAAUUAUGGCCGUACUGUAUUUUGUUUGAAAGCAAGUGAUUGCUGUCUUCGCCUUUGGAAAGCCACGUGUAGUUUGUUAUUGUUUUUCCUCAAGCAAAUAUUAUCCAAAAGAAAGCGAGCGCAUUCUGCGUUUCAGCAGUUUGCAUCUGUGUAAUACGCCAGUCACACGACAAGAAAAAGGCCUUUUCUUUGGAAGUGUGUAGCGAGGUAGCUACUUUGUACUUAGCAUUCUAUGCCCCCAACGAGUUCGUACAGAAACAACAACAAUGUCUUUGGUAGCUUACGGGAGCAGUGAUGACAGCGAUUCAGAGGAAACGUCAAGCUCGCUCACAUCUGGGAGCAAGUCUGCAGGUCUUUUUGCCCUACUCCCCUCUCCCAAAAAGUCUAUAUCUGGACCACCAAACAGAGAUGCAUCAACACACUACUCUGCGAUAAGGAGCACAUUGUCCAACGACGAUGCUGCCGAGAACACACCGGCCCGGUCUCAAACACUGAAAGGCGGGCUGCUUUUUGACUUAACGAAACCGAAGAAGCGAACAGAGCCUGUGAAAAUCACCAUACCACAACUUAAUAAAGAUUCAGAUUCAGAUGAAGACGAACCAGCCAGGAAGAGAGUGGUGCCCCAGGGGUCAGGCCUCUCCUCUCUCUUACCGCAACCUAGAAACAUGACCAUAAAGGAGACCGGCAGGUCCCUGGUGCCACACACCCUCACCAAGCGCCCCGACCCUAAGGCCUCCAAGCCCACCAAGCCCUCCGUCACGGGCCUCUCCAGCUCCAGCGCCUCCCCUUCAGCCAUCAAGGCCGCAGCCAAGUCUGCCGCCCUGCAGCUAGCCAGGCAGAUGGCCGCGGACGACCAGGAAAGCGACGAGGAACUCUCCCCAGAGAACUACUUCUCUCUGGGGGACAGCUCACUGCCUCUCCCCGCCGUGGAUCCCAGCCUGGACCCAGAACCCGGAGCCCCUUCGGCUCUGCUACCUAAUCCGGUGGCGGUGGAGACCGGAUCCUUCCAGUCCGACGCUCCUCUGGAGUUUGGGCUGGGCGGCGAGGAGGCGUCUGGGAGCGUGUGGGUGGGUCAGCAGCAUGCGCCGCUACAUCCUCAGUACCUGGAGCCCUCUGUGGAACCUGCGCCGGAGACCGUCCCACAGGGUUACUACAAUGAGGCGUACUACCAGAACCCUGAUCCCUCAUUGGCUGAGGCAGACGAGCCUGGCUCCUCCGGCCUCUUCGAUGAUGAAGCGUUCCGGAGGCUGCAGGGGAAGAGGAACAGGGGGAAGGAGGAGGUGAAGUUCCUGGAGAUCAAAGGAGACGACCAGCUGAGUGGCAACCAGCAGUGGAUGGCGAAGAGCAUCACUGAGGAGAAGCAGGAGCGCAAGUCUUUCAGCAAGAAAAAAGGAGACCAGCCCACAGGACAGCAACGCCGCAAGCACCAGAUCACAUACCUGAUCCAUCAGGCUAAGGAACGGGAACUGGAACUGAAGAACAACUGGGCAGAAAACAAGCUGACCCGUCGGCAAACACAGGCUAAAUACGGCUUCUAACCCAGAACUCCUACUGGCAUGCAUAAUCCUCCCAUCCAUGAUUAGGAUAGCUCAAUCCAAAGCAAGAGUCCCUCAUCUUUGAGGAAGUACUGUAACCUGGCGACCGUACCCUGGCGACACAGGAUCCCUGUCCUGCCCACUCCAUACCUUCCCUGGAUAGCCUCAACAUAAUACUUCCCUCCUCUUCCCCCCGUAUUGGUUGACCUCAGAUUUGUGUUACUUCCAACAUUGUUGAUUUAUACUAGUUUUGGUGGACUGUUUUUGUAUCGUGUGGGUCCUGUAGGGAAUGCAGAGUUUACACUGUGAACGAGCUGCUCACAGUUUAUCACUAAAUUGGCUUUUCUUUGGAAAUCAUAGUUCGAUGCUCUUCCCUUCCCUUGUCUGUGGUUUGACCAGGUGAGGAAUAUAUAAAUACCCAGCAUAUCUCACUUGGUGCUGGAGAAGACUUGGAAUUUCCAACUAAAAGUAGUGAACAUUUAAAUAAAAAAUAACAUUUGUGCAACCUUUUUUUUUGUAGUGAUAUCCAGUACCUCUUUGAUAAUGGUUCAGCUU